AUGCUAACUUCAAAGCAUGACCGAAUUUACACCAUGAAUAAUCCCUAUCACAAUUUAGCAAAAUCACAUGGGUCACGUAGUUCAACUACACAUACCACUACCAAUGCAGAAUCAGCCGGUCGUCGAAAACCAUGGAAUCCGAGUGUACGGAUAGACCAAUCAUGGGUGACAUAUCAGACACCGAUAAAUAACAAGACUAAGAACUAUUUAAAAGAUCGACUCACGCGUGGUGAACAGAACAAAUCGAUAACAAGGAAAUCUCAACCAUGGACUUUACCAUUCCCCUAUGUGCCCAAAGAACACAGCCCUGCGGGAGAAAUUGUUUCGGACAAAAAAGACCUGAGUGAUAUUCCACCGAUUACAGAAGACCAAACAACUGUGCGUGAUCUGACAGACGAACUUGUGCCAGUCAUGUCUACAGCACCUGUCGGAGUGGAUUCCACGCACAAAGGUCCUCGAAUUCAGUCGAUCGAGAAACUUGUCCCGAGAUCCACACAUCAAAAUCCGGAGCGUAAAUCCGCGUCCACAAUGGCAGCCCCAACAUCGACCACUGAGUCCGCCAGUUCAACCGUCAAUCUAUUACUGUCCACUUGUGCAGAUUUGGAAAAUCUGAUCUCACGCAUUUGUGUCUGGUAUGUGAAAGCACGCACCGCGAUCGAUACGAUCCACAGUCAAACUGAUCCGAGAGUAAAUAAUCAGGUACUAUAUGCUCUCAUCUCAGACUAUUUGAACCAAUUGCAAACAUUAUUGGGCACCUAUCUGCCAAACGAUCUAUGUAUUACACGUUGGAUGCAUACCAUAUCCCACGGAAAUAGAAAUGACACCGGAUUAACUCAUGCAUCCUCAUCUGUCGUGUUUGUGGAGAGCCAGUCUGGGGAUAAAAACUCCAUCCAAGACAGAUGGGUUCGGGCAGGGAACAGAUAUGUAAGAGGUGAAAAAUCUGAGGCUGUCGAGGAUUCAACGAGUGCCGAUAUUGGUCGGCAUUUACCCACUCCUUGGGUGACAGUACAAUCCACACAAACUCAAGGUGUCGAAACUAGUGUGCUAGAUCCGAUAUCUACUCAAAGUACUGACCCCAAUCUGAUGUGUCACAUGGAAGGGGAUAUCAAUACGAAUUGCUGUUCAAGAUCUGUUCGGUUAGAUUCGCAUGCAUACACCGGGCAGUUUACUUUCUGUCGAAAGUCGACAGAUAUGAGUGACGAGAAUACUAAUGGAAACAAUGCCUCCCAAACACCAGGCAUUUUACAGAAUUUGUUCGAACUCUAUCACGACGGUCAAAUAACGCAUAAUUCAGCUCAAGGGGUGGGCAGAAAUGAACAACGUCGAAUGAGAACAGUUGAGCUCCCGUACAAAUCAGAUAAACGGAAAUGUCGGAUGGAUUGUUUGGGUCGUAUUAUUAUACAUCAAGCAUGCCAAAUUUUCUAUCCAAUUGUUGAAUGGAUUACGUCUGACGAAUGUGCUGUGAUCGAACAAGUUCGAAUUCCCAGCUGUCGAAUCAUACAACAGUACACUUCGGAUCAGCCGACCGGCAACGUCUACGUCUAUCAUAGUUCACCAAGCUGGGUGUUGCGUAGCCAUAUAGAAUCAGUUGUUGUCGAAAGUCAUCAUUGUCCAGAGCGGGUUCUUAUUGUGGAGACAGUUCCAAGACGUGAACCAACUAUGGGUUGGAUGGUCUCACCGGACACCAUGCCCUCGGAGAACAGAUGGUCAGAUUCGACCGUACAGGUCGUACCCUCAUGGAUAGAUGGUCAUUCGUUGUUUUCACUUCCCGCUCCGCCAGAAGAACUUCUGACCGAGUUGGAGGAUUAUAUACCGAUGUGUGAGCCGGAGUUGGUUGACUGCGUACACGAUUAUGAAAAUAAACUGGAAAUGACAGACGACGGUUGGAUGAGUACAGUGAUGCAGAGAACACUGGAGAGCGGAAAAAAACCAUGUACUCCUUAUUUACUUUGGAAAUGUGGUAGCACGAGAACAGAUUCACAUUUAAAUGACUACAUAUGUCCUGUUGAUCUUUGUCUCGCUUUGACUUGA